CGCAUGUGUCGGCGCGCAGCCUGCCGGGAGGCGGAAGCGGAAGCGCGAGUCUCCCCGGGAGUGAUGGCCGCCGGGGGUCUGAGCCGGUCGGAGCGCAAGGCGGCGGAGCGGGUCCGGAGGCUGCGGGAGGAGCAGCAGAGGGAGCGCCUCCGCCAGGUGUCGCGCAUCCUGAGGAAGGCGGCGGCCGAGCGCAGCGCGGAGGAGGGCCGGCUUCUGGCCGAGAGCGAGGACCUGGUGACCGAGCUGCAGGGCCGGAGCAGGCGGCGCGAGGGCCUGAAGCGGCGGCAGGAGGAGGUGUGCGACGACCCGGAGGAGCUGCGGAGGAAAGUCCGGGAGCUGGCUAGCGCCGUCCGCAACGCCAAGCACCUGGUCGUCUACACGGGCGCGGGGAUCAGCACGGCAGCUUCUAUCCCAGAUUACCGGGGUCCUAAUGGAGUGUGGACGCUGCUUCAGAAAGGAAGAAGCAUUAGUGCUGCUGACCUGAGUGAGGCCGAGCCGACCCUCACCCACAUGAGCAUCGCCUGCUUACACGAGCAGAAGCUGGUGCAGCACGUGGUGUCUCAGAACUGUGACGGGCUCCACCUGCGGAGCGGGCUGCCUCGCACAGCCAUGUCGGAGCUCCACGGGAACAUGUAUAUCGAAGUCUGCACAGCCUGCACUCCCAACAGGGAGUAUGUGCGGGUGUUUGAUGUGACGGAGCGCACCGCCUUGCACCGACACCAGACCGGCCGCACCUGCCACAAGUGCGGGGCCCAGCUCCGGGACACCAUCGUGCACUUUGGGGAGAGGGGGACACUGGGACAGCCUCUGAACUGGGAGGCGGCCACCCAGGCUGCCAGCAGAGCAGACACAAUCCUGUGCUUAGGUUCCAGCUUAAAGCCUCCUUCCCUGGUGUGUGUGUGUGUGGUCUGUCUGUCCAUCCGUCCAUUCCCGCAGGUUCUAAAGAAGUAUCCACACCUCUGGUGCAUGACCAAGCCCCCCAGCCGGCGGCCCAAGCUCUACAUUGUGAACUUGCAGUGGACCCCGAAGGAUGACUGGGCUGCCCUGAAGCUGCACGGAAAGUGUGAUGACGUCAUGCGGCUCCUCAUGGAUGAGCUGGGCCUGGAGAUCCCCCGCUACAGCAGGUGGCAGGACCCCAUCUUCUCGCUGGCCACUCCCCUGCGUGCGGGUGAAGAAGGCAGCCACAGUCGCAAGUCGCUGUGCAGAAGUCGAGAAGAACCUGGGCCUGGGGACCGGGGUGCACCACUUAGCUCAGCCCCUGUCCUGGGCGGCUGGUUUGGCAGGGGCUGCACCAAACGCACAAAAAGGAAGAAAGCAACGUAACCUGGUGCUUGACCGAGAACAAUGAUGGCACUUUGCAAAUGGCCGGGACUCUUGUUCAGGGGCAAGUGGCACUGUUAAGGCCAGGACUGCCCCUGGAAUUCUCUGGGGGUGACAUUUUCACCCUGACGUGUUUAGCCAAUUGUCCUUGUGGAAAGCUCCCUUGCACUGCUGUGGUUGCCCCCCGCAUGGGCCUAAUGAUGGAAGACACCUCGCCCAAGCAGCCUCUUCUAAAGAGGUGGCAGCCACACCCUCUGUGAAAACAGGACUCGGGUUAUUUCACACCUGGCCAGCGAAGAGGAAGCACACGGCUGCCUUACCUCAUUCACUAGGCUAGUCUCAGGGGCCUCAACUCUAUUUCUACCACUUCUUACUAAAAAUGUUAAAUUUAUAGAAGCCUUUUUCUGUAUUGGGUAUGCUGCAAAGGAGUGGUUUUUGAGCCUUGGCUCUCAGCAGGCCUUUUUAUUGUUAUUAAAUAUCUCUGCACUGUCUUCCUAGUGUCA